AAAAUAAAUGAACUCAAUAGUGGGAUUAUAACUGCACUCAAAAGCAAAUUGGUGGAAAUGUAACCACACCACUAAUUUCUUGCGUCAUUUUUUCUUUUAAUAAAAUAAAAAUAAAAAAGCAUGUAUUCACAAUCAUCACACUCUCCUUAGAAACAAACACUUUUUAGCCCUUUUUCCAUUCCCAAAGAAACUUCUCUUUUACCAAUUUCCCUUUUUCUCCAAAAAUUCUCGUACCCAACCUCGCGUGACCCACGCUUCUCUUUCUUCUUAUCUCUGCAAAUUGCUAUAUAAAUUUUCCCUCCUAUACCCACUCACCCACCAACAUUGAGAUUCCGAUGGGCGGCAGCGGCGGUGGAAUUCGAAAUUCAUGGGGGAAAAUGGAGAGAGCUUUAAACGAUGCAAUUGCACGCAGCAUGGUGGGAAAAUAUUUCAAACUUGAAGCUCGAAAUACCUGUUUCACUAAGGAAUUACGAGCCGGUUUAGCCACUUUUCUUACAAUGGCUUAUAUCAUCACCGUUAACGCCAAUAUCCUCACCGAUUCCGGCGGCAUGUGUUCAAUGGCUGACUGCUCUGCACCAGCGAACGGAACCGCCGCGCCGGAUUGCAUGUUCAAGCCAAAUCCCGGCUACCAAAAUUGCCUUUCAAAAACCAAGAGCGAUCUCAUGGUCGGCACUAUUUUAUCGGCUAUGAUCGGUUCGUUCGCCAUGGGAGUUCUUGCCAAUCUUCCUUUAGGCCUCGCGCCUGCUAUGGGCCCAAAUGCUUAUUUAGCCUAUAAUUUAGUGGGCUUUCAUGGAUCCGGCCCAAUCAAAUACCAAACCGCGCUGGCUAUUUUCUUGGUUGAAGCUUGUGCGUUUAUUGCUGUUUCCGCGUUGGGGAUUCGUGCAAAGCUCGCGAAACUCAUACCUAAUUCUGUUCGGUACGCUUGCGCUGCUGGGAUUGGGCUCUUUAUAGCUUUUGUGGGCUUGCAAGCCCACCAAGGAUUGGGCUUAAUUGGGCCUGAUUCGGCUACAUUGGUUACACUCACUGCCUGUAGUCGUACAAAUCCAGAGACCGGAGAAUGUCUUGGAGGAAAAAUGCAAAGCCCAACGUUCUGGCUUGGUUCCAUUGGGUUUGUGAUAAUGGCUUAUGGGCUAAUGAAGGAUUUUAAAGGGAGUAUGAUAUACGGCAUCGUUUUUGUCACUUUUGUGUCUUGGUUUAGAGGCACGGCUGUGACGUAUUUCCCUCACAGCCCACUCGGUGACCAGAAGUACAAUUACUUCAAAAAAGUGGUGGACUUUCACAAAAUCGAAACCACGGCCGGUGUUGUUAGCUUCAACGGCUUCAACAGAACGGAAGUUUGGGUAGCCCUAGGAACGCUGUUUUACAUCGAUGUACUCGCGACGACGGGGACGCUUUUCACCAUGGCGGAAAUCGGCGGAUUUGUGAACGAAAGAGGAAAUUUCGAAGGUGAAUACAUGGCGUAUAUCGUCGAUGGUUGUUCGACUGUGGUGGCGGCGAUGCUUGGAGUUUCGCCGGUUGCGACGUACGUGGAAUCAUCGGCAGGGAUUAGAGAGGGAGGGAGGACGGGGAUUACGGCAGUGGUGGUGAGCUUUUGUUUUAUGAUGUCGUUGUUUUUCACGCCGUUGCUGUCGAGUGUGCCGCCGUGGGCGAUCGGACCGUCGUUGGUGAUGGUCGGAGUGAUGAUGAUGAAGGUGGUGAAAGAGGUAGACUGGGGAAACGUGAAGGAAUCGGCGCCGGCUUUUGUAACGAUGGUUUUGAUGCCGUUAACGUAUUCGAUAGCGAAUGGGAUUGUGGGUGGGAUUGGGGUGUACGUUGCGAUGAGUUUAUACGACAACGUUAUGAGGUUGAUGAAUUGGUUGAUGAAGAUGAGGAGGGUUGUGGCGAAAGAGCAAAAUCAGGUCUCGGCUAAUGUUGUCAAUACAGAGUUGACAUCUAGUCGUACAAAUCCAGAGACCGGAGAAUGUCUUGGAGGAAAAAUGCAAAGCCCAACGUUCUGGCUUGGUUCCAUUGGGUUUGUGAUAAUGGCUUAUGGGCUAAUGAAGGAUUUUAAAGGGAGUAUGAUAUACGGCAUCGUUUUUGUCACUUUUGUGUCUUGGUUUAGAGGCACGGCUGUGACGUAUUUCCCUCACAGCCCACUCGGUGACCAGAAGUACAAUUACUUCAAAAAAGUGGUGGACUUUCACAAAAUCGAAACCACGGCCGGUGUUGUUAGCUUCAACGGCUUCAACAGAACGGAAGUUUGGGUAGCCCUAGGAACGCUGUUUUACAUCGAUGUACUCGCGACGACGGGGACGCUUUUCACCAUGGCGGAAAUCGGCGGAUUUGUGAACGAAAGAGGAAAUUUCGAAGGUGAAUACAUGGCGUAUAUCGUCGAUGGUUGUUCGACUGUGGUGGCGGCGAUGCUUGGAGUUUCGCCGGUUGCGACGUACGUGGAAUCAUCGGCAGGGAUUAGAGAGGGAGGGAGGACGGGGAUUACGGCAGUGGUGGUGAGCUUUUGUUUUAUGAUGUCGUUGUUUUUCACGCCGUUGCUGUCGAGUGUGCCGCCGUGGGCGAUCGGACCGUCGUUGGUGAUGGUCGGAGUGAUGAUGAUGAAGGUGGUGAAAGAGGUAGACUGGGGAAACGUGAAGGAAUCGGCGCCGGCUUUUGUAACGAUGGUUUUGAUGCCGUUAACGUAUUCGAUAGCGAAUGGGAUUGUGGGUGGGAUUGGGGUGUACGUUGCGAUGAGUUUAUACGACAACGUUAUGAGGUUGAUGAAUUGGUUGAUGAAGAUGAGGAGGGUUGUGGCGAAAGAGCAAAAUCAGGUCUCGGCUAAUGUUGUCAAUACAGAGUUGACAUCUGUAGUUUAGAUUAUUUUAAAAGGUUUUUUAAUAUUUUAAAAAAUAGGGGUGGAGGAAUAUAAUGUGUUUGAUCUACUAACAAUGGGGGCGGGGACAAUCUUUUUUUCUUUUUUCUUUUUUUUUUUUCUGGGUGGGGGGUCUAACUUAAGUGGAAGUUGCAAGCCAUCCAUUGUAAUAGAUCAAACACUUUAAUUUUCUUGUAAUAUGUACUAAUGUUUUGUUUUGGACAACUAAAAUGUUUGAGAAAAAAAAUUAUUUUUCCCCAUUUCUUAUUCCUU